UUCAUUGAGCAUCAUGGCGUCUGAGCCUGCGCGCGAGUGGAGUGACGAGCAGUUAAAAAAUGAAGAUUUGCCCAAAAAAGAGCUUAUUAAAUUCAUUCAGGACAAUGCAGCACACUCGUUUCUAGCUGAACACAAACUUUUGGGAAACAUCAAGAAUGUGGCAAAGACGGUCAAAAAAGAGCAACUUAUUGACGCCUAUAACCAGCUGUUUGAGAGCAAGAGGUUUAAAGGCACAGAAGUUGAUGUUGUAACACAAGAGAUGAAAACUGUUAAAAUCGACGACACUCACAAAGAAAUCAAGACAGAGACAGUUGAUGAGGGUCCUCCGAAGUACACAAAGUCAAUCCUGAAGAAGGGCGACAAGACGAACUUUCCCAAGAAAGGCGACACAGUGAGCUGCUGGUACACGGGAACACUUGAGGACGGGACUGUGUUUGACACCAACAUACCUGCAUCUGCAAAAAAGAAGAAACAGUCGAAGCCGCUGAGCUUCAAGGUUGGAUUGGGAAGAGUGAUCAGAGGGUGGGAUGAAGGUCUCAUGAUGAUGAGUAAAGGUGAAACCGCUCGGCUGGAGAUCGAAUCAGAAUGGGCGUACGGCAAAAAAGGGCUUCCUGACUCAAAAAUUCCACCAAAUGCAAAGCUGAUCUUUGAAGUUGAAUUGGUGUCUAUUGAUUAAUAGUUUCAGCAUUUCGCCAGUUAUGCUGAUCAAUCGAGCAAUUCAGAAUCACUGAACUGUUAAAUGACGAAUGUUGAUGGCAGUUUUGAGUGGUUAUAAUGAACAUGGUUCAUGUUAAACAUGUAGAUUGUCGGAAACUCUGUACUUUGUUCUUUGAACACUGUUAUAAUAAAAAAUCAACACUGAA